AUGAUUGUAUUAAUAUCGAUUUUUCUCAGUUGUUUAUUAAAAUGCUCCGCUACUAAUCGAACAAUUACCGUUUCUACUAACUAUGGUGAUGUACUUGGUUAUGAAACAGAUAUGGCUCGUAUUUUCUACGGCAUUCCAUUUGCACAACCACCUGUCGGUGACUUGAGAUGGAAUCGACCAGUACCUGUUUCCAAAUGGGCACCAAACGUAUUGAACGCUACAACACGGGCUCCUGCUUGUCCUCAACCACCAUGUGGUGGUAUUCCAUCUCUUCUUUGCCCGACAAAAUUCUCCGAAGAUUGUCUUUAUUUGAAUAUUUUUACGCCACGAAUGACAAAUUCAUCAUCGACAUCACCUCUUCCAGUGAUGAUUUUUAUUCCUGGUGGAAAUUUUCAAUAUCUUGAUGCUUCAAUACCAGUCUAUGAAUCUGAACAUAUUGUAAAUACUACAAACGUUAUCAUCGCUCUUAUUCAAUUUCGUCUUGGUGCACUUGGUUUUCUUGCAACGGGUACAGGACCGAAUGAUAUCACUGGUAAUUAUGGUAUUCUUGAUCAACGAUUAGCUAUCGCAUGGAUCAAAGCAAAUAUUGCUGCUUUUGGUGGAGAUCCCAAUCAGAUAACCCUUUUCGGUCAAAGUGCUGGAGCACAAUCCGUGGCAUUACAUCAUGUUACAAGUGAAAUGCAAUCAUAUUUUCAGGCGAGUAUUGUUCAAAGUGCUCCUUUAGCAAUUCCUUUCAGAACAUAUGCAGAAUAUAUCGCACCUGCUGUUCUUCUCGCUGAACAACUUAAAUGUGCUAUAGGCGAUAUUAAUUGUUUACGUCGACAAACUUAUCAAGAUAUUGCAACCGCUCAAACUAAAGUUGAUACUAUGUUGACUUCAUUCAAAUUUUUACUUUUCUUUGAACCAUGGUUACCUGUUAUUGAUAAUAAAAUUGUCAACGGUCAACUCAUGGAUCUUGUUCAAAAUACAUCAUAUCCUUUGAAACCUAUGAUAAUUGGUACAUUAACUGAAGAAGCUGUUUUUUAUAUUUAUGAAGCAUGGGCACAGCCAAUUACAAUACCACAAUAUAUGGAAAUUCUUACUUUUACUUUUCAUGAAAAUGCACUUAAAGUAUUUGAACGAUAUCCACCUAGAGAACUCGACGAUCAACGAGCACUUGUAUCUGUUUUGGCUACACAAUGGGUAUUUGCAUGUCCAACACGGGUUUAUGCUCGUAAAGCUGCUACAUAUUCGUAUGUUUUUGGUUUUCCACUUGAUUUUGAUGGAUGGGAAAAUGAAACAUUUUGUAAUAAUCAUGUAUGUCACGCUGGUGAGUUACCCUAUACAUUUGAAUCAACAUGGGUCAAUUUUACAGAUGCUGGUAGACGUGUAUCAACAAGUAUGGCAACUUAUUGGACAAAUUUUGCUAAAAGUCAUAAUCCAAAUCAACCAGUAGCAGGAUCAUUAAUAUGGCCAGAAGCAAAUGUAAAUAAAUCUUAUUUAUACUUUCAAGAUCCACUUGAUAUUCGAAAAUAUUAUUUAAAAGACGAUUGUGACUUUUGGGAUAAAAUCGGUUACAAGACGAAACGAUUUAAUGUAUAA